CCACUGUCGAUCCUAUAAAAGCCGGCACCCGCGGAAGGGAACCCCGAUACCAACAAGUUGGGGGGAAAGGCACCGGGACCCCCCAGCCAGUCCUGCUGCUGCAGGGGGCUCCAGGAGGGGAGCGAGGGCAGCGGGGACACCAUGGCAGCGGCGGAGAGCGAAGGGGACGCCCAGAAGCUGCGCUUUGGGCCGUGGCUGCUGAAGGCCAUCGACAGCGGCUUGUACCCGGGGCUCUGCUGGAUCAACCCGGCCCAGAAGGUCUUCCGCGUCCCCUGGAAGCACAACGCCAGGAAGGAUGUCACCAGCAGCGACAUCGAGAUCUUCAAGGCCUGGGCACAGGCCAGCGGGAGGUACGAGGGGAGCCCCGAGGACCCUGCCAAGUGGAAGACCAACUUUCGCUGCGCCCUGAGGAGCACCCACAUGUUCGUGACGCUGGAGGACAACUCCAAGAACAGCGACGACCCUCACAAGGUCUUCGCCGUCACCUCAGCUGCCCCCCAGCACGGCCAGGACGCAGGGUUUGGGGUCCCUGUGGCGGACGCCCCACCGCAGCAGCAGCCACAGCAGCAGCCACAGCUGGAGCUCAACCACCACGAUGUGGCCCCACAAAUCGUCCCCCGAGGCAGCACUACUGCUCCCACCACGCAGUCAAUGACGCUGGAGGACCUGGACACGCUGCAGUGGGUGCUGCAGCACUGCAACAUCUCCAACACUGACCCCACACCGUCCCCCUGGCCGCCCGCAGGGGAUGUCCUGCACAAUGAGGAUGCUCUGCUCCAGCCCGGCCCUGGCCAAGGCGGCUGCCUCCCCCCGACGGCGUUUCAGGAGUGGGGGCCCGCGGCGGAGCAGCCCCCGCUGGGUGCCUACGGCCCCUCGGAGCACAUGCUGCUGGGGGAGCAAACCAUCCCAGGAGCCGUGCCGCUGCCGUGCCACACGCACCCUGCCGAGGCAGAGCCUGCUGUCCCUGCACUGUCCCCGGGCGAGGAGCUGCUCUUCCACCCCAACACCAGCCCCGCGCCGCCCGUGGAUGACACAGGGAUCCCCCCACACCUGGAUGUCACCAUCUACUACCGGGGGAAGACAGUCCACCAGGAGGUGGUGAAUGACAGGCAGUGCCUGCUGACCUACCAGUCCCUGGACCCGGUGGUGGUCCUGCAGCCGGGGCAGCACGUCUUCUUCCCCAGCCCCGAGGGCCUGGCCGAUAGCAAGCAGCGGCAGUACACCGAGGAGCUGCUGCUGGGCGUGGGGCUGCGGCUGGAGCAGCGCGCCGGCAAGCUCUUCGCCACCCGCCUGAAGAAGUGCAAGGUCUUCUGGGCUCUGUCGCAGCAGCUCGACAACGGGAGACCCCCACCCAACCUCCUGUGCCGGGACCAGGAGACCUCCAUCUUCGACUUCCACAGGUUUUGCACAGACCUCAGGGACUUCCGCGACAACCGCAGGGAGCGCUCCCCCGACUUCACCAUCUUCCUCUGCUUUGGGCAGUGCUUCUCCAACUGCAAGCCCAAGGAGUCCAAGCUCAUCCUGGUGAAGCUGGUGCCCAAGUUCUGCGAGCACUGGUACGAGCAGGUGCAGCGGCAGGGAGCCUCCUCCCUCAACAGCGGCAACGUCAGCCUGCAGCUCUCCGACUCCUUCAACCUCUACGAGCUCAUCGAGCAGUACAACAUGCAGAUAGACUGACACCCACUGCCCCUGCCCCCUCCGGCCUCUUCUGCGGCGCUUGCAGAGUGUUUUCGGGUGCUGUUGCAUCUGGACGGACUGAUCUCCCCGCUGCGCAGCACCUGCUCUGGCCGCAGGUGCUGACUGAGAAUUAGCAGAGCACACCUGGGGCCAUGCAGGCCAGCCACGUCCCACCGUCCAAGAGAAAGCAGCUCUAAAAGCUCCAGAAGUGGUUGGCAGAGCCUCUGCUCUGGCUGUGCAGCACUUUACCCCUGCAGCAGCGGCGGGGCAUCAGAGGUGGGCUCCCUCCUCCUCCACCCCCAAGGACAGUUUCACCGGCCGGUGCUGGAACUGACACUCAGCUCCUCUCAGCCAGUACGGGCAGCUGCUAACCUGGGUUUUCGUAGUGUGGUCACUUACAGAUUUAUUUUUCUGAUUAUUUUUUUUUUUUAAGUUUAAAUAUAUGUAUAUA